AUGGGGAGCGGAUCGGGCGAGGAGCGGGGUGCGGGGAGCGUGCGCGAUUCCUCCUCCCUCAAUCUCCUCCUCACUUCCGGCCGCCGAUCAGUGGAGAACGAGCUGCCGGCGUCGGGUGCCCACGGUGUCAGCCUCAACGACCUCUCUCCCCGCGGCCGCUACCUUGGACCUGCCGUUGCCGCCAUCCCCGCCGUCGACGGUGGCUACCGCCCGGGGGAGUCCUUCGCAUGCAACUACUGCCACCGCAGGUUCUACAGCUCGCAGGCGCUGGGCGGCCACCAGAACGCGCACAAGCUCGAGCGCACCCUCGCCAAGCGCAGCCGGGACAUCCUCGCCGCCGCCGCAUCACCGUCCUUGUCCCCGCCACCGAUGCCGGCGCCACCGGCCAUCGUCUUCCACGCCGCACCACCGGAACGCAACAACAACAGGGACGACGACUUCCUGCAGCAGGCGGCGCCACCGACACCGAGCGUCGUGAUGGACAUGGUAGGAUGGGAUGCUGACACGGCCGUCGCGGCUGACGGCGGUUGUGGUCGCCUCGGCCUCGGCCUCGGCCAUGGCCGGAAUGGGGACGGCGUCAACCCCCGCCCCUGCGGCGGGGCUCGUCGGCCGGGGGGCUACGCCAUCGAGGAUGGGCACGGGAACUCGCACCCGAAGGAAAAGGAGGGGAAGGCACCCGAAGCGGCCGGCGGGGGGAUGGUGCGGCCGGUGGCGGGGGGAGGAGCUGGAGUCACCUGGCUAACUACCACCACACAGGAUAGUGGCGAGGCUUUCUCCCUCUAG